AUGUUUUUUUCGACACAUAUUACUUUAUUUAUCUUAUCGUCUGCUUACAUUUUAAGCAACAUUUCCCCCUCUCUUCAGCAUAUAAAAAAUCGCUCCAUACAUGAAUUAACGAAUCCAAUCGUAUCGGAACAAGAUGGAAUAGUGUAUGGUUCUAAUCUGAGAGAAGAACAGAAUAACAACUUGAUGUUGAAGUUUGAAGAUGAAUGGAAAGAUUUUGUUACUACUUUGGAACAUGAAAAAAACAAAUGGAUUCAAGAAAAAGAUGUAGAGUGGAAUGAAUGGUUGGAAAUAAUGCAAGAUAAGUGGACACAUUAUGACAGAAACUUGAGUCCAACGUAUAAAAACAAAAUUUUGGAAAAAUCAUCCAAAUGGGAUGAAUUUGACUGGGAAUAUUGGGCUAAUACAGAAUGGCAUGACCUAAUGGAAAGAGAUUGGAAAAAUUGGAUUUAUGGAAAUAAAUUGAGUUUGAAUAAAUUAAUACAAAAUAAAUGGAUCAAUUGGUGUAACGAUAAAUUUUUGGAAUGGUUAAUGAAUGAGUUGAAUGAUGACCAAGAUGCAUAUACAGAAAGUACACAAAGUGAUGAGGAUCUUUCCAAUUCAGAACAAAAUGAAAAUCCUGAGCUUAAUAUGGAAGACGAAAUUUUUAGUAAAAAUAAAGAAUGGGAAAGUUGGACUGACAAAAAAGAGAAAUUAAUUAAAAAAAUAAAGAAUGAUAAUUGGAAAGAAUGGAAAAAUAACAAAUAUGCCACCUUUAACACAUGGAGAGAAUCCUUCAUUAAAAAAUGGAUAAAAGAAAAACAGUGGGAAAUAUUGACUCAAAAUAAAUAA